CUUUUGCCCAAUACCAUCUCAAGCAAUAGCUUCACAAUAUGGACGCACAGUCUCCCUCAGUAGCGGUCGGGAGCAGUAGACAGGGUUCGUCCCGCUCAGUCAAGCCAGGAGGCAAUUGGAAGGCGCUAAAGAAGACUCUCGAUACUUCAGCUUCCAACACAUCGCCACCGAAGCGGAGGAAAAGUCUCGACAAGAGAGGACCUCACGAAGGAAGGUCAAGCGCUCCCAAUGGCUACCAGGGCGUCGGAGGCCUAGUGAACGGCUCAGGCACCCAUAGCAUCAGUAUCAAGGGCAAGGCUCGUGCGCUCGACGGAGCCGCAGACCCAGCCUCUGGCUCGGCUUCGCCUCUGCCUUGGUUUGCGGAGGACUUGUCACCCGAGGACCUAGCAUUAGUGAAGGGUUUCAGCACGAGUCCCGGACAGGAAGCCGGACGCACCACCUGGAUCAAUUCGCCCGGGACGGUGGAGGAAGAACGGAGAAAGAAGCAGAUUAUAUUGGGAGGUCACUGGGGAGGUGAUUCACAGGCAAAGAAAGAGCCUGGUCAAUUUAUCGCAAUCGAUUGCGAAAUGGUGGGUGUGGGCGAGAAGGGCUCCGAGUCAGUCUUGGCCCGAGUGUCCAUCGUGAAUUGGCACGGGCAUGUGCUGAUGGAUCGCUUCGUCAAGCCGAUGGAAAAGGUAACGGACUAUCGGACCUGGGUAUCAGGAGUGCGAGCCAAGGAUCUACAAGGAGCCCCCUCCUUCAAAGAAGUCCAGGCAGAGGUAGCCGCUCUUGUCAAAGGCAGAGUCUUGGUCGGUCAUGCUAUCCAGAACGACUUGAAAGCUUUGCUGCUCUCACAUCCUCGGCCUCUGAUCAGGGACACGUCUACGUACCAACCUCUCAGGACCCUUGCGCAGACAAAAUUCCCUGGUCUCAGGAAGCUUGCCAAGCUCGUCCUGGGCAUCGAGAUUCAAAAGGCGGGCGAAGAGCACUCCUCGGUCGAGGACGCUAGAACCACCAUGGCCAUUUUCCGGACGCAGAAGGAUGGUUGGGAGAGGAGUCUGAAGGAGGGAGGCAAGGUCAAGCAGAAGAAGAGCAAGGCAGAAGUGAGCGCAGGGUGGGAUGAUCGAGUAGGGGCUGGUCAAGGGACUCAGCCUGGUGUCUCUGCCAGUGCUGCCAAGGAAGGAGAGAGGAUUGAGCGGACAAUGAAGAAGAGGGCUCGCGGGGCAAGCUCAUCGUCCUCGACAGCAGUCGCAACAACAGGACGACCAGCAAACAAGAAGAGGCAGGAGGCUGCUCCAGGUUGGUGGAAGGACGAUCCGUGAGAAGGUGGGAUGGACGUGGUAUACAUUACAUUGUUCGUAUAUAAUACAUUUUACUGCUGCCGGUAGCUGUGGACUAUUCAACUCUGUCACUCUCGCCCUUGUCCGACUGAUCCUUUGCCCCACGCCUAAUCUGUGAGAAGCCCUGCCAACUCUUGAAGGCUUCCUUGUGGCGGCGACUGGCGCCGGACCUGUCCCGCCAGCCCUCUUUGCUCGAAGCUGACGAAGUGAGGAGAUUGCGUUUUGG